UGCUUUUAUUUUUUUCUUUUUAUUUUUUAUUAUUUUUAUUUUUAGAGAAGAAACAAACAAAGGUCCUGGAUCCACCUGGCGCCAUUUCCUCCCCCCCCCUCCCGGUUGCAACCUUCCAGACAACGGGUGGCUGCUGGACAAGUCCUGGACAAGUCCCACACUCGAAUCAUUCUCCAACCCCUUUUGUUUGCGCGCUUGUCGACCCAAAACGCUCUCGCUUGCUCACGAACACGGCCAAAAGCAGAGUACAUACGUGCUGGCAACCAUGGCCAAGCCAGUGCGCAAUUCGUCCAACGUGAUUGAGACGGCAGUGAUGGCCAAGGCGCUGCACCAAAUGCAGUCAAUACAAAAGCUCAUUGACAUUGAAUCCAAGUCGCUCAUCGAGCUGCGAGAACAGGCGCAAUCGACCGACAUUGUGCGGCACGAGAUCAAGACACUCGAGGACAAGCUCGCCAACCGGUUUUCAAAGCAGGUGCAUUUGCGGAGAUACUACAACCACUACCUGCAAAAUCGAUCGCAGCCGGAAAAUCAAGACGCCAUAACGUUUGAAUGGCAAUUAGGCACCUAUCCAGACCUAGCCCUGUGGUGUCGUGUGAUUGGUUUGGAUCCCGAACGGGCCAAAGUGCGAAUUGUAUGCGGCUCACUGCAGCCUGCCGCUCCAGUCGCAUCCAGUCACUCUGGCCGCGGUGCAGAGCAAGUAGAACAGCGAAUCCAAUCACAACACGUCGACCUCCUGUCGCUGGUCCGAAAUGAGGAAGAUGGAGUGCUAACACACACUUUGCUUACCGAUUUAAGCCUCGAUGCAACGCAUGCCGAGCUUGCCUCUAAUUCGCUGCGAAAAAUUGUGAAGGCGUUGCGGACACCCCAAACGUCACGGUCGUUCUCACGAGGUAACGAGCACAGCUUGGGCAACGUGUUUGCUUCGCUCGAUUCAUCGAGCUCCACCGAUCCAAGCUCCGAUGCAGGGGAGCAUGGCGAUGGUGCGACCUCACCGCUGCCCAUGUCGCCGCCAACGUCGCGCCGGAAAAAUUCAACCACGGCAGACGUUUCCCCAACAUUGACGUCGCCCUCCAACAAUAGCUCUGUUGCCUCUUCGCGACGCCCCUCGCUCGCCAGCCAACAAGCAGUGACCGGGAGUAGUUCGGCCGGUGUGCCGACGCCCAUCUCCCCGACCUCGACUUCGGCGCCUGGCUAUAGUCCUGCUGCCAGCGUGGGUGUUCAUCUUCCUGCCCAUCUUGCGACUCAGCGCUCCGUGUCCAUGGAUGCAGGGGCGCCUGUGCGAGUGGGCCAGCCUGGCUCUCUCAUUACCGGGCAAGCUGCUGUUGCGGACGUGACGUCGCCCACGCGACGAGGGCUUCCCAACCACCUGUCACCACCUCCAUUUCUCACUGCUAGCUCCCUCCCUUCUAACGCAAUGUCGGAUGAGCUUUCUCCGGUGUCCAGCGAGUUGCCCUUGUCUCCGUCUGCUGUGACUAGCACCUCACCGACCGCAUUGAAUAGUUACGAUGAUGCCGCAAAUGGCGCAAGUUAUGCUGCUGCCUCGUCUUCUUCUUCUGCCGCCGCCGCUGCUGCUGCAUCCUCUGCGUCAGCUGCCGACUCACUACUCAACAAGCGGAUUUCACACUCGAUCAAACAUCGCUUUUCCAUGCGCACAUUCAUGCUUCCGUCGCCUUGCGACUAUUGCCACAAGCUGUUGCUUUUCGGCGUCAUUUGCAAAGACUGCGAAUUCAAAGCGCACCACAAGUGUUCCAAGUACGUGCCAGCAUCGUGCGGGCUGACGACAGAAAUGGAGGACUACUUCAAGUCUCUCAUCACCGUGCCUGCGCGAUCAAACACGCACGACGAUUCCGAUCCCUCUGGCCUGUCUAGUGCUGCGCACGACGACUUGUCGACUGGCUCGGGGAGCAGCCGUGCUCGCAAGCUCAAAAAGGCCCAGUCUGCCCCGCAGCUACAGGCCUUCUGGCGCGAUGAAUUCAACGCAGCCUAUGCUGCAGCCAUCGCUCAGAGCAAUCAAAGCAGCGGGCCAGCCAGCGGCACUGGGCCCUCCUCGCACGAAGACGACGGCGGCGCUGUCAGAACUGCUUCCACAUUGCUCGCUACCGCGCUUGCAUCCGCUGCCCAAGCUGGACCCGCCCAUUCACCUUCUGCGCAAACCAUUCCUGCUCAUCACUUGCCAUUAUCCAAGUUGUGGGUUCGCCGUCACGGCACGAAUCCCGACUUCAAUGCCAACGGCUUGCUGUCGCAGCUCCACGACUCCCAACAACAACAACAACAACAAGGUAUUGUCAUGCCAAGCCUGGCAGCCGUCAAGGCUGAUCUCAAAGGUCAGCACCAGGGUCCGCUUUCGCCUGUCGGCGCCCAUCAUCCUCUCCGUCGUCUGAGUCACCACCGCCCACAAUCGGCAUCCGCUGCGACAAAGCCGUUCGUCUACGAGCCCCACGAGGUAACGUCCGAUUCGUCGAGUUACGAUAUGGAGCGCAGCAGCGAUUCCAGUCUUGGCGAACCCAUCGGCGCUGAUGGUGGCGGUGUUGGCGGCAGCGGCGGCGCUGGUGGUGGUGGUGGCGGUAGCAGCUCUGCAGAUGGGGAUAGCCCGGCACGCCUGGGACCACCCAAAAGCUCGGGCACAAUGCGGCGCACCUUCUCGGCGACUCCACCGCUCGACCUGUUGGCGAGUGGUGCGGUGCAGAUGAAGACGCGACCCCGAACUUCGUCGGAGCCCCGCGAAAUGUGGGCCGUGGCCGAAGAUGAGCAAGACGAGGAUGGCGCAAACGACGACCUGGCCGACGAUGAUGACGAUGACUUUAUGCUCUCUGGGCGUCGUGUGACGCUCGAUCGCGCCAAAGCUCGUCUUCUCGAAGAUGCCGUUGCUGUUGCCGCGACGGCCGCGGCGACCGGCGACCCACCCACCUAUGCGCGUCCCUCGCCGUUCAACAGCAAGACACGCAACUCGUUCGCCGAAUGGGAAAUUCCAUUCUCUGAGAUUGAGCUCGGCGAGAAGAUUGGCUCGAAUGUGGAUGGUGCAGUGCACCGUGGAAAGUGGCACGGUCCUGUCGCGGUCAAGCUCAUCAGCGUGGCCGGCUUGCCCACCAAAGGCCAAAUCUUGGCCUUCCGACGCGAAGUGGCCGUCCUACGGCGCAUUCGACAUGAAAACAUUGUGCUGUUUAUGGGCGCGAGCACCGUUUUCCCCAAUUUUGCGAUUGUCACAAAGUUUUGCGAGGGCGAGUCGCUCUUCCGCCACAUUCACUUGCUCGAGACGGACUUUUCUCCGAUGCAGUCUUGCGAAAUUGCUCGCCAAGUGGCCCAGGGGAUGGAGUACCUGCAUGCCAAGAAAAUCAUCCACCGCAAUCUCAAGACCAAGAACGUGUUUCUGGAAAACAAUGGCAAGAUUGUCAUUGGUGGCUUUGGGCUGGCCACGGCGUCGCAGUGGAACAAUAGUCCUCAUGUCAACAAACCGCGCGACAACGUGGCGAUUGUGGUCGAGCGCAAGGGGUCUGUGCGGCACAUGUCUCCCGAAGUCUUUUCCGCUCACGGCGACCCCUUCACAAUUGCAUCCGAUGCUUAUGCGUAUGGUAUCGUGCUGUUCGAGCUCAUGACGGGCCAUCAACCUUACGAGAGUCUGCGGCCCGAGCAGGUCAUCUUCAAGGUGUCCAACGGCGCUCUGCCUGACGUGUCGUUGGUCCGCAAGGACUGCCCCAAGGAGGUGGUUGAGAUCAUGCUCGACUGCUUGUCACGCACCAUGGACCGAAGACCUACCUUCAAGACCGUGCUUGACGUGCUCGAGCAGUUCCCUGUGGUGAAGCUUUCGCGCGCCACCCGCGACCGAAUUCAGUCUGACGCUGCUGCACUUCAGCUCGCCCAAAACCAGAAUGCUCUCCGACGUGUCAACACCACUCGUCGGUAACACUUGCACAGCAAUUUUUUUGUGCUUGCGUGUCGCUGAUUAUCAGUCGCCGACAAGGCCACCCUGCCAACCCCCCCUUUUUUUUAACCUUUUUGAAUUUUCAGCUUCAUUCUUUUGUUGUUGCCGCCGACCGAGCUUGCGAUUUCGUGCUUUUGUAAUUCAUCCCGAUUUUUCUGACUACUCCAUACAUCUCAUCAUUUUUCUGUUGUUCAUCCGCGAGUUCAACUUGCCUUUGUUCGAAACAAAAUGCACCCUCCCGUUUUACGCUUCCCCUCCUCAUCCGCAAUUGAGCAAUCAACAAAGGUUUUUAC